ACUGAGGUGAGAACACUUGGAGAACAACUGGGAAAGACCAACAGCUUUUUUCAAAACAUGAAGACCAUAAUUUCGAUCGCUCUUCUCUUGACCGCUCUCUGUCUGGUCUCUGAAGCUGUCCAAGUCCAGGAUGGAGAAUAUUCCUUCUCAUUUGAAUCGGUGAAGGUUCUUCAGCACCUGAUGGACAGCAGCUCUGUCCCCAAGCAGCAGAAUCCUCGCCUAGUCAAGACCAGCUACAGUGCAGUUUGUGGCAACCCAACGCUGCCUCAGGAGUUUACAGGGCUCUGUCAUAAUAGUGGCUCUGCCCUGGUCUUCUCCAGGCUAGCUGCGGUGCCUAUGGAUGUGUGUGAAAUCUGUGCUUUCGCUGCCUGUACUGGUUGCUAGACAUCAUUACUAUUUGUGAAGGAAUGUCUUUUUCCAUGCACACAAGUGGUAACAGACUGUUUUGGAACUGUUACAUGUUUAAAAGCACAUGUGUAAUGCCUCUUAGUCUGAAAAAUUGAUAAACUGGUAUUUUCUUU